UAAAACGGGUGCAAAAUAAGAAACAAAUUGGAUACAAAUAAAAUGUGACAGGAGAAAUUAAGGAUUAAGGAGGGAGGAAGGAAAAAAGUAAAACAAUUGAAAAGUCAGAAAAGAUACGCCAUGUUUCUCCUCUUAAAAUAGAUUGAAAAACACUCUGUAAAAUACGCUUGAACUUGAAAGAGGAAGAGGAAGAGGAAGAGGAAGAGGAAGAGGUUGAGAUCACCAAUAAUCAAUUCUAAAAAGGCAAAUCCCCAGUUUUCUAUAAGCAUUUUGGUUGGUCCUGAUUUACAAGAAAUCAUGAAUUGGUUACAACGCAAGAUCUACCUUUACAAUGUAACUUUUGGGCUUUACAUGUUAGAUUGGUGGGAACGUUGCCUUUUCAAUACACUGAUCAUUAUUUUAAUGUGGUAUGUUUUCUACAAUGGGUCGCGGAAACUAUCUGAAUUCUGCAAUAGGACUCUUACCCUAAAUUUAUAUCAUCACAGUUCUCUUGGUUAUGCCUGUCCUCAAGCAUCAAUAAAAAGGUAUCUAUGGAGAGGUGCAUAGACACCUCGACUUACAACAUGAUCCAACAAUGUACAAGUUGAUGUCCCGAUGAUUUUAAAAUUCGAAGCUCAUUAUUUCUCGUAUGUUUGAGUAUGUUUUUGGUCUUUUCGUAUAUUGAUUCUUGUUUGUUUCCAUUUUGCUUUGUGUUUUAGAAAGUAACCAAUACUUUACGGUUACAACUUACCCAUCUUUUCUUCAUCAUUUGAACUAUGUCAAUUUAUUUAUUGAUGUGAAUUUAGAUUUUUCUUUAAACAUUUGUUGUAACUUGAAAUAUUUAAUUGAGUUAUUAAACUUAAUCUUUUA